AUGAUGCGGAUUCUCUUCCUUCUUGGUCUCGCGACGCUGUCAUUGUCCCGAAGCGAAAAAAAAAGGUUUGAUUGGGCGUCCAUCACUCCGUCAAGAGACCUUGAAUACUACCCGUGCUACGACGCAUUCAAAUGCGCCCGUCUCAUUCUUCCUCUUGACUGGCUCAACGCCUCAGACACGCGGACGAUUGCCUUGGCCGUCAUCAAGCUCCCUGCUCUGGUGGCCAACUCGGAUGCGACCUUUGCAGGUCCCAUCUUGACCAACCCGGGCGGGCCCGGCGGCUCCGGCGUGGACUUCCUCAAGUAUUUUGGCCACCGGCUGCGCAACAUCGUCGACGAGCCCGGCAAGCGGCACUAUGAGAUUGUGUCGUUUGACCCACGCGGAAUUUCCAACUCGUGGCCGCGCACCGACUGCUUUCCAGGCGACAUGCUUGCCCGUGAUGCCCUGCGGCUCGAGAUGCGUGGAAGCGGCCCGCUGGACGGGUCCAGCGGUGCCGUUCCUUACAUGCUGGGCUUGCAAGAUGCCUUCGGGCAGCGGUGUCGGGCGGCCGAGUCGGAGGGCCUCAACGGGGGCCACAUAAUGGAGUUUGCGUCGACGCCGAGUGUGGCGCGCGACAUGGUCGAAAUUGUCGACAAGAUGGCUGAUCUACGCAAACGUGAAGGCCAAGGGGACGAUGGGCGUGGUGCUGAACUUCGGAAGCGCCAUGACCGCCACGACGACGACGAAGACGACGUUCCCCGGCUGCAGUACAUUGGCUUCUCGUAUGGAACGAUCCUCGGAAACUACUUUGCGUCCAUGUUCCCCGAACGGAUCGGUCGUUUGGUCCUCGAUGGCGUUGCCAAUGCCGACGACUACUCCAACGGACCGGUACGUGCGCACCUCGGCGCGAGUGACGAGGAGCGCCUUGCUGACGCGGUGCAGGGCUGGCUCACGAACCUCGUCGACAGCGACAAGAUCGUCAAUGCCUUCUUCUCCGGCUGCCACUCGGCGGGCCGGCACGUCUGUCCGCUGGUCCGAGACGGGGACGAGUCGGGAUCCGACAUCGAGGCUCGCUUUCAUGUCUUCCUUUCGGCGAUUGACGAGGAUCCCAUCUCGGGCAUGACGGCGGCCGGCAUGCCGGUCGUGGUGAGGUCGCGCGACGUCCGCGAGGUCAUGGGCAGCGUCCUCUACCGCCCGUUGCAGCAGUUCAAGCUGCUCGCGUCGGCGCUCGACGGCCUGAUGACGGGCAACGCGACGCAAUUCAUCAAAAAGAUGGAGGCCCGCGGCUCUUUGCCAAGCCUGCGCGACUCCUGCCAAUCCAAUGGUAACGGGUCGGAGGCCGAGGUGGAUCGAUCCGAGGGGGGGCAGGCAGUGUUGUGCGGCGACGGCGACAGCCUCGUCGGCAAAGGCGCCGGUUGGUGGCGGCGCUACGUUGACAAGCAGGUGGCCAUGUCGUCCCUCAUGGGCGCGUACUGGUCCAGAAUCCGCAUCCGCUGCUCGUCCUGGACCUUUCGCACCAACUGGUCCUUCAAGGGCCCCUUCACCUCGCCCCGAUUCGAGAGAUCACCGCGGGGCCGGCCGGUCAAGGGCAAGCCGGCGGCCGCCAUCCUCUUCCUGUCGAAUCGCCUCGACCCCGUGACGCCCCUGAAGGCGGCUCGGGCGAUGGCGGCCAAGCAUCCGGACGCGGGUGUGCUCGUGCAGGAGGCUCUGGGCCACUGCGCGCUCGCGUCCGGCGACAGCCACUGCACGACGAAGGCGGUGCGCGAGUAUCUCGACUCGGGCGUCAUUCCUUCGGGCGACAAGUCGUGCGAGAUCAAGUGCGGGCCUUGGGACGAGGAUUGCAGCAUCGAUGGCGUUCCGCACGCGCUUCAAGCUCUGAACAUGCCCCAGCAGCAGCGUUUCCCGCUGGGACUGUCAUUUUAG